GACCUUCGCUCAGCUCGCUCCUCCUCUGCCAGACUUUCUCCAUAAAUUGCUAUCAGCAAUGUGGCUUCCGUGAGUGAGCGCAGGUGGUGAUUCACCGAUCGGUCAUUGUCCACCAACUUACCGGACAAGUCGGAAAAAUUUGCAAGGUUGAUAACGUAUAACACGCUGAAGGAACAAGCAAGUUUAGUGUUCUCAUCCACUUUGAGACACUGUAUGCACGUCAAAGGUGCGGUAGAUUUUUGGUCCGUUUUGUGAUUUAUAUUCGCAUCGGGGUACCCAACUAGAUCAUCGUAUAAUAAAAAAGGCACAAAUUAGUUGACACCUUUACGCAAGCAACCAAUGAGUCAUAAAAGAAAAGGAAACAAAUAAAAAUCACACCGACGACGAUGAUGUUACGAUGCGUAUUGACAACGGCAAUCUUGAUGUUGACGAUGACCAUCAUCACUCAUCCAGCCGGGGGUUGGUCACAAGAUCAAGUUUCCUGGACGCCAAUAUAUGUGGAUACCGCAAAUCGCCUUGAUCUCUGGACCACGAGCUCGACAGGGUGUGCAUGCCCGGACGGGAGGUCAAACGAUUGUGCCUGUUGUGUUCAACCCGGUGGCUGUCUUUGUUCUUUCAACUCAAACAAAUGUGCUCAGUGUGGUUUAGAAGACGCCUGUCAACGCUUUUGUAACGUUUCUAUUUCUUCACGAUCUGUUGCGGCUCGUUCGGGAUUGUCUUGGGUGCAAAUAAAAUCUCCCGAACUGGAGGGAUUGACUUCAUGCUGGUGGAGACUGCACAGUGCUCCAGGACAAAGGAUAGAAGUUCAGAUUCACCGUAUGGUUUCCAUCGGCCACUUUAAUAAUAAUACGCUUACAUGCCUUGGAGGUUGGUUACAAUUUUCAAACGGGGAAAUAUAUUCUCCUACGAGACAAGCAAUACAAAUGUGUGCUCAAAAUUCGAGAUUCUCUCCUCCUGUCGUUUUCUUUGGGGAUCAGGGCACAGCCACUUUAUUAGUGAGAACUGAAUCUAAGACGACGAGGUCUUCGCUGUUGGCAUAUGUCAGUUUCUCGUCGGCUGAUGACUUGGUGCUUGGGUUUGCAAGAAAGGGUGGUCGACUUCGUCCUCAUUCAGCUUGCGAUUGGACUUACGACAACUGCUUCAAUAGCGAGUGUGUCGUAGCGUCGCCAGGAUAUCCAGGUCUAUUUCCUCCACAUCGUAAAUGCCGAUUUUUCCUCAAUGCAAAUUUUACCACGGAUAAAAUACAAAUCCACUUUACUGCCAUAAGCUUCCCACCUAAACCCCUAUGUUCAACCCAUCAUGUGGCAAUUUGGAAAAGAAACGUGUCCAGUUGGGGAAGUCCAUGGAAAACUUUGUGUCAGGAGACCGACAAAAUAUCUUUGGAGAUUGAUGGUGGUUCCGCUGUUAUCGAAUUUCGAUCAGGCGCUACAGUUUCCCCUUAUCUCUACACCGGCUUCCGAGCUACCGUUCAAUUCAUCCACACUGGUGCCCUCGUCCCAACCACGGAACCAUCUCAUUCCCUCGUUCAGAACCCAAAAUCUGAAACUGGUCGAGUUGCAUCGCCUGGAGGCAAAGCACGGAGACCACUAUCACAGCAUCAAGGUCAUCCCGCAGUUUCAAGAAAGACGGUUCACCUACCAAUAACUCCAAGUAGUAAUAAUUAUGGCGACGACGAUGACGACGAAGAGGAUGACGACGAUGAUGAUGACGAAGAUGAAGAAUAUUCAGGCCCCGUCAUGGGUUCCCCAAGAGCACCUUAUGAUGCCAACGGUGUUCAUCAAAUAACUUGUGGCCACACUUUCGACGGAAGCUCCACGCGAGGAACUGUUUUCCGUCUUUUGAUCCCAAAAGACUUGAGACAAAGCUUUGUCCAUCAAACUUUACCAUCAGAACUUCACGCUUCUCACACUGUGCCCAACAAGCCCUCCCUUGCCGGAUUUGUCAAAUGUCAAUUGGAAUUUAGAGGAAAGGUUGCAGAUGUUGUGCAGCUCGCAAUAUUCAACUACAGGCUCAGAGGAUCAAGCUGCUCGUCAUAUAUGGAAGUGUAUGAUAUGGCGGAAGUUGUAGAAGAAGUGACGAAUCAGACGGACCACCACCGUCUUCUGGGAGACAAAUUAUGUGGCCCAUCUGGAAACGAAGUGAAGCGAUUUACAUCGUCACACAGUCGAAUGGCUCUAGUCACCUUAGUUCUUCCUUUUGAGGACACAGUUGCAGCAGAAUAUAUUGAUGGUGCUUUCCGGUUUCAUGACGAAUCCAUCGAAGGGACUGUGAAGCCAAUGACAAAGUCUAGCUGUGAGGUGGUUUAUUACGGCGUCACCACAAGUCCGCCCACCGGUUCAAUUUUAGGCCCCCCUCAUUCCCCACUUUUUCGCUUAUCCACAUUUCCCUUGGUUUGUACCUAUUCAUUCCUUCCUGGAGGAAACCAGACUGUGUCGCUCACUCUCACGAGGGCCGGACAGGAAACAUCGUCGGCUGCCAUUCCUGGGUCCAAAGUGUAUUGUCGCAGCUUCUGUGGAACGUCUGGAUGUCUUUGUGACUCUAAAUAUGCAGCUUUGACGAAAAUCGACCAUCUUUUAAUUUUGGCAGGAUCUACACCCAUAAGCUGUCUUUGUGGCUAUAUUAGCGAAGACGCCCUGCCAAUGACGUUUGAAUCUCAGAGUGCCAUCACCCUUGUCUAUCAUGCGACGCAAGUAGGGACCGAUUUCAGCUAUGCGGCCUCUUUCACAUUUAGAAGGAAAAUCCUUUGCGCCAAUUUUUCCAUCUCACCUCCAUCCGGUUCGAAACGCUGGAGGGAAGCCUUGGGCCCGGGUGUCACAUCAUUCUUCCAGCCUUCUAGGGAAUUUCAGCAAUACACGUACUUUCACUGCACCUGGGUCGUCACAAUUCCUCAACGAUAUAAUCUCACUAUUGACUUUGUCUCUGAAGAAAACGAAAAAGACUGCAAUGUAUGGAAUCUGACUCUCUGGGCCGGAAACGAGGAAUCUGCCAAGGAAGACUAUAGAAAUGUAAUCGGGAUGUUUUGUCCACGGUCCGGAAGACAGGAAGUUAAAGUUCCUGAAGACAUGAUGGAGGCUCAUAUUAGAUUAGUUGGAGUCAGCUUAAGGCCUCCACAGUUCGAAAUUAGGUGGAAAUAUACAGAUAUUUUAUUGCCUGAUUUAAACGAAAACACAAGUUCCAAAGGAAAUCAUAUACAAAACUUUAAGCCAAGUGAUAUUCUUGUACUUUUAAAUGUGGUUCUCAUAAUAUGUUCAAGCAUAGUUUCAUUUUGUAUAGUUUCUUGAUCAUUUCAAUAAAGGGAUAACAUAGUACACACACUUUGAACUGUAAAGUUAGAGCUUAUCUGCAAGUGUCGGAUGAGUACAUAAAUUAGAUGGCUAAUUAAGACCCAAAUCAAUAUUGAUGGUAAUAUCUGACUACAAUGCUGAAAAUAAUAAAGAAUCCAAAGUACAUAUAACCGAUAA